AUGGGACGGAAACGAGCAGUGCGUGGCUUCGGAGCGUCCCCGGGGACCCGCGCGCCUCGCCGGCUGCAGGAGCCUCCCAGGAGCACGGCCCCGCUCCGCUCCUCAGCACCGGCCCCCAAGAACAACACAAGAGCAUCUUGGAGGAUUUGCCUAAGCAGACAAAGAGCUUUGCCAUGGCAGAGCUUGCAAUGGAGAAUAGCAGCUGCAUGGACUGGCAGAAACGAUGCCUCGCAUUGGAAACCCAGCUCUUCAAAUUCCGUCUUCAGGCUAGCAAGAUCCGAGAGUUACUAGCUGAGAAGAUGCAGGAGCUGGAGCAGAGAGUAAUCGAGGCAGAGCAGAGGGCAGAGAAUGCAGAGAAACAGGUCAGAGUCAUGGAAGAGAAGGUGAAAUUGGCCAGUAUGAAAACCAGCGAAUCAGAGAGUACCCUAUACAGAAAAUACCAGGAGCUGCUGGGCACAGUGCAAGGAAAGGAUGAUCUGAUCGGCAGACUGGAAACGCAGCUGGAGAAACAGAAGCAGUUGAGGGCUGAGGAAGCUAAAAUUGUUCAAGACAAAGCUGCCAAGAUCAAGGAGUGGGUAACGUUUAAGCUAAGAGAGCUUGAGCUAGAAAAUUACCACCUGAAGAACCGUAAUCAGAGGCUAACAGAGCAAAUUGAAGCCCUUCAGGAUGCAUUACAAGAUCUAACAACCAUCCCUCCUAUUGAAUCUAUUUGGAGCUAUAACCCUUUGGUGCCCAAAAUGCUAUUGUCAACCUUGCUUGAGAAACCAGACCAGAAGUCCGUGUUCCUUGGGACGGGUGUCAAACAGGAGUGUCCGGGAAGAGCUGCUAAAGGUGUUCCCCCUACACCAGGUAUGAUCCUUGUUGAUGAAGCCUCCAUUGCAGAAGAAGACAAUAAAUCCUUGCCCUCACAGAACAUGCUCAGGGUCAUCCCUGACCCAUCAAACUGGAAGCCCUCUUUAGAGAAAGAUACGUUCCCUACUGUAAUCUCUGACACUAGCUCAGGGUGCCCUGAUCCCACACUACUGGACCUUGCCAUUGAGUCCGCAAGUGUCCUUGAAGCCCUGGCUUUCCAGUCUUCCUUGGGGAGAAACCAGAACUCUCUUAGCACCUCAGAUCAGAUAGCAUCAGAGCUGGGAAACUCCUCAGAUGAGCUGAGUGCCAAGUUCCGCUCCCACAGGCUGGACUCCUCUUCCUCAGGGGAGAUGAUGAGUACCCCUAAUGGCUGUCUCCCAACUGCAGAGCCAACACUGGAUUUGCCAUCACCCGUUACUUCAACACAACCAAGCUUUCCAGGGAGGGAAUGUGGACUAGGCAAUAGUCUGACUCUCCCAAAAAUCCGGAUACCCAGCACCCCAAGAGACAGUAUCCAGCUAGCAAAGAGACAUUACAGCCAACCCCAGCCAGGUGCUGAUUGCUUCCAUCAUGUAAUGAGCAUAGAGAUUGGCACCUUCCAGCCCAUAACAACCUCAACACUGUGUCCUGCACAAGUGGAGGAGACAGACAUUGAUGAUGAUGAGCUGCCAGAGAAGAUGGAGACAGAUGGAUGCCCAGUGGGGGAAGAGGCUGGGAUGGGUGUGAAGAUUAAUCAGCAUCCUGGUUCAGGCAAAAAUGAAGCUGGGAAUUCUGAAGCUGGACCACUAGACCCAGGAGGCAAACCUCCUACUCCACCACUGCACAGGUUCCCAUCCUGGGAGAGUCGGAUCUAUGCAGUAGCCAAGUCUGGCAUGAGACUGUCGGAGGUGGCCCUCAGGACUGACACUCCCAGCCGGAUUUCGAAUUUUCCAUCAUAUUCAGCUUCUGGGCCAUUCACUUGCCUUAUCUACAGAAAUGUCACUGUUCCAGUCUACACCACGCUGAAGGGGAAAGCCACCCAGAUCAGCAACGUUCCUUUCUUAGAUGAGUCCUCAGGCUCCGAUGAUGACUGCAGCUCCCAUGCCAGCUUCAGGACUUCCAGUGGUGGAUCUGAGAUCAGAAAGACUAGCAUUCCAGGCAGCCCUCGUGCUGUGAAACGAGGUGUGUCUAUGUCCUCACUGAGCUCAGAGAGUGAUUAUGCCAUCCCUCCUGAUGCCUACUCCCUGGAUGGUGACUAUUCAGAGCCAGAGCACAAGCUGCAGCGGACAUCUUCCUAUUCCACUGAUGGUGGAGUCUGCAGUGAGCCCAUGGAGAAAUCAGGCUAUUUGCUGAAAAUGGGCAGCCAGGUGAAGACAUGGAAGAGACGUUGGUUUGUUCUGAGAAAUGGACAAAUCAUGUACUACAAGUCUCCAAGCGAUGUUAUCCGCAAGCCUCAGGGGCAGGUUGAGCUGAAUUCUUCUUGCCAGAUCAUUCGGGGUGAAGGGUCCCAGACAUUUCAGCUCAUCACUGAAAAGAGGACCUACUUCCUGACAGCAGACUCUCCCAACAUCCUGGAAGAAUGGAUCCGUGUUCUGCAGAGCGUUCUCAAGGUGCAGGUGACCAGCUCUGCUGCUGUCCCUCAGAGUGAUGCCAAACCCACUGUGAAAGGCUGGCUCACCAAGGUGAAACAUGGUCACUCUAAGUUGGUUUGGUGCGCACUGAUUGGGAAAACCUUUUACUACUAUCGAAAUAAUGAGGACAAGUGUCCUCUGGGGCAUUUGCACAUACGCAGGUCAAAGGUGGAGGAGGUGGACCGUUCCUGUGACUCAGAUGAAGAUUAUGAAGCCACUGCAGGGGGUCUCCUCUCAUCCCAUUACACCCUGGUGAUUCACCCGCAGGAUCAGAGUCCCACCUACUUACUCAUUGGUACAAAACACGAGAAGGAUACAUGGCUGUACCAUCUGACAGUAGCAGCUGGCAGCAGCAGUGCCAAGGUGGGCACAGCAUAUGAACAGUUAAUUGGAAAAUUACUGGAUGCAGAGGGAGACCCACAAUCUCCUUUGUGGAAGCACCCCAUGCUGUGCUACAGUAGGGAUGGACUGCACACCUCACUCACUACUCUGCCAUCAGAGGCACUGCAGACAGAAGCCCUCAAGCUCUUCAAGUCCUGUCAGCUGUUCAUCAAUGUCCCUGUGGAGGCUCCAUCUAUUGAUUACCAUGUGUCACUUGCCCAGACAGCGUUGCAAGUCUGUCUGACACAUACUGAGCUACAGAAUGAAAUCUACUGCCAACUGGUUAAACAGACUAGCUGCCGGCAGCCCCAGAACCACUCAGUCAUUCAGUGCUGGCAGCUCCUGGCUUUGUGUGCUCCUCUCUUUCUUCCUCAGCACCACUUCCUCUGGUAUAUCAAACAACACUUGCAGCGGCAUGCAGACUCCAGGAGUGAAAUAGGCAAGUAUGCCAUCUACUGUCAGAGGUCUGUGGAGCGCACGUUGCACACUGGAGAGCGGGAAGCCAAGCCUUCGCGAAUGGAGAUUGUGUCCAUUUUGUUGCGGAAUCCCUUCCACCAUUCACUCCCCUUCAGCAUUCCAGUGCACUUCAUGAAUGGAACCUACCAGGUUGUGGGUUUUGAUGGUUCUUCAACAGUGGAUGAGUUCCUCCAGCGGCUGAACCAGGAGACAGGAAUGAGGAAACCAUCCCACACUGGGUUUUCUCUCUUCACAGAUGAUCCUUCUGGCAGGGAUCUGGAGCACUGUCUGCAGGGCAAUGUGAAGAUCUGUGAUGUUAUUUCAAAAUGGGAACAAGCCUUGAAAGAACUGCAUCCUGGGAAAUAUGAAGGUAGCACAAGAAUAGUGAAGCUGACCUAUAAAAACAGAUUGUAUUUUCGAAACCAGGCAAAAGGUGAGACAGAUAGAGAGCGGUUGCUGCUGGCCUUCCAGGUCAGCAGUGAAAUAGCCAAUGGGAGGUUCCCUGUCAAUAAGGAGCUGGCUCUGGAAAUGGUGGCUUUGAUGGCUCAGGUGGAAUAUGGAGACUUGGAUCGACCAGUAUCUUCAAGCCCUGGGGGGACACCACAGUCCAAAAUGCAACAUCUUCUCCAACAGAUCUUGGACAAAUUCUAUCCCAAACGUUACAAACAAAACAUUACCCCUGAGCAUCUCAGGCGGUUGGCUGACAAGCUGGCUACAAAAUGGAUGGUGCUGCAGGGAUGCUCUCCACUAGAAUGCAUUAGAAUUUAUUUGACAGUGGCCCGGAAAUGGCCUCUCUUUGGAGCCAAGGUAUUUGCUGCGAAGCCUGUCCUGCCUUCUCCCUUGGAAGAUUGUCCAGUUUGGAUAGCUGUGAAUGAAGAUGGCAUUAGCAUACUGGAUUACAACACUAUGCACUUAAAGCUAUCUUAUGCAUACCCGUCUGUGCUGACCUUUGGAGGCUGUCGAGAUGAUUUCAUGAUUGUAGUCAGUCAGGGGAAGGACAGGAGUUCUGGGAAAAACAGCACUGAAAAACUACUUUUCACAAUGGCAGCUCCAAAGAUUGUUGAGGUGACACUUCUAAUUGCCAGCUAUAUUAACUACUGUGCACUGACUCCCCUCCUGUCUCCUGCACCACCUCCUCUGAGCAUCAUCUCGCCUAUGAGCACAACGCCAACUAAAAAGCCCUGGGAGGCUCAAAGCCAGUGUUUCUUUCCUUCCAUGGCCCGUACUACCAAGGGCCCUACACUGCUCUGAGUGCUUGUUCUCAGUGCCUUUGGGUUUCAGUGUUGUUUUUGUUUUGCAAGCUGCCCAAUUUUGAGUUAAGGACUGCUGUGAUUUUGCUGUUUAUGUAUCCUAUUUUAAUGCAGACUCCAGUUCUCUCUCCUUAAUGUGGUAUGAAGUAUGUUUAGAAGUAAUAUCCUCUCUUUUCUAAAGACUAGAUUUUGGGUUCUGCCCACAUUUCCUCUCUCUGCUACAUGCUGUCCUAAACAUUGUGGCUAAGGUCAUCUUCUCCUCUUGCUGCUCCAAUCACGUCACUCCCUCUGAAUCUCUUCACUUGCUUUUACACUCCUUCCAUUGUAGGGUUGCCAAUUUUGGUUGGACAUAUUCCUGGAGUUUUCAUCACACGAUGUAAUCUUUAAUUCCUGGAGACGCCAGGAUAAUUCAGGAGGGUUGGCAACUCUACUUCCAUGUCAUGUUCAAGCUGCUCUUACAAGCAUGCCCCUUCCCAUUCUGGGCUUUGCACCUUGUCUCAGGUCACCAUUCCCUAUGCCUAGAAACUGUCUCCCACUUCUUGGGCUCCUCGUGAGCUCUCUUGUAUCCUUAACACAGCCCUUUUCAGUAGCUUUUCACCAUUCGUCUCCUGACAAAUCCUGUCUGUCCACUUCACAUUUGAAUCAUUAACUUACCUGUCCUUCACCUGAAUUAGACUGUAAGCAACUUGGGCAAGGGACUUUGACUUUUGUGUGUUUCAAGCAUAAUACACAGUGAUGGAACUGUGGUCUGAGCCUUGUGCAAGAAUACUUCAUACUAAAUACGGCCAGUAUGCCAAGUUUUAUAUUCCUGGAUCAGAAAAUACAUGCACCAAAACAGGGCAAUUACCAGAGUGUAAAGAGAAAUAUAAUGGAGUUUUAUAGUGACCCUAUCAUGUAGUUUAGGUACAACAUUAACCCUAUGCUCUGGUGAAUGUCCUCCAUGUUCCAAAGACUUUCUGAUGGUGUUCAAAUUCACUAUUACCAACCCCAAAACAACAGGUAAAAUGGCCAGUCUUUCUGUAUGACCUGCAAUAUUUUGUACUGUGCUGCUGAAUAUGCACGCAGCCUAAGACUACAAGUUAACUUAACCCCACAGCUGUGCUGACACCUCAGUGUGAUCAGUGCUCAGAUUCAAAAGCUGAUGCAGCCAAGAGUCUGUACUGACCUGUGGUCUAAGAAAGACAUGGAAAGGGAAAAAAUAAAAGUUGACUAGAUGGAAGAGAAGCUAAGCUGACAAGCAAAUAAAUGUCACAGUCUAUCUUUGAAGAGAGCAUAUUAUAGAGAAAAGGGAGAGUUUAAUACUACUUUAAAACAAAGGAUAAAGCAAUUUUGUUUUAAUAAAAUUAGGGCAGAAAUGUGGCAACAUCUCUGCAUUUUGAGAACUAAGUAAACAGUGAAUAGGACUGGAACAGAUGUCUGACGAUGUCCUUCCUCCUGCAGGACUGAGGUAGCAUGGAAUGCCAUGCUGGUCUAUAUAAUGGACAGAAAGCUAGGUCUCCACCACAGGGCUGUAUUUAUCUUGCACAGUCCUGUGCCAGACAUAUGCUUUCAAAGAAUCUUGGUGUUCACCACUAUAUUGUAUGUAUUUCAGGAUGUGUAUAACAUUUACUGCACAUGAUCUCUAUGAAUUGGGAUGGCAAGGCAAAUGAGUUUUGUAUUUAUAAUGUCGUCCAGCAACUGGUGUAGUUUUUAGAAAGAACUAGACCACACUAAUUUCAUAGGUGCGGUUACUUCCAAACCCCAGCUUCCACCAUACCAUUAGUGUAAGGGGAAGUGGCUAGCAAUGAUACACCCAAAUACUGUCCUUCAGGCCUUACUAAAUAGUGCUGUUUCAGCAGUCCUAAAGGGACGCUGUCGAAGUUGGAAGGCUCAA